GCAUUUACGACCUGAGUUUAAGUUAUGAUACGUUGAAAUGACAAACUUUUAUGGUGUCGUUAUCCAUUAAAAACAAAAUGUUUGGCAAGCUAAAUGCAUACAAAGUAUCGAUAUCAUUGAUUCAUGAACAGCCAACGCACAAAUUCACUUGGCUUUGCCUUGCUUUUCUUCUACUCCCCCAUCGCCUCCACUCCAUCCACCACCGUUAACACUUCACUCACACACACUCUCUCUCUCUCUCUCCCCACUUUUGGCGGGAGGAGGGUCCCACCUCCAAUCGAAAUCUCGUCCCUCUUAAGUCUCUUUCUCUCUCAUAAAAGCCCCCUUCAUUUUCCAACUACUCCCCUCCACCUCCACCUGUAAAUACACCUCCGCCAUUGCUAACCAGUAAUCACACACUCCACCAUCACAAUGAAGAAAACCAGAGACCUCUUCUUCGUACUUCUGUACUUCCUCCUCCUCUUCUUCUUUAACUUCGAAAAUCACAGCUUCGUUCUCUCCCUUACUCCUGACGGCUUAUCUCUGCUCUCUCUAAAAUCAGCCGUUGAUCAGCCAUCCGACGGCUCCCCUUUCUCCGACUGGAAGGAGAACGACACCACACCGUGCCGGUGGACUGGAGUUUCCUGCAUGAAUGUUACUGGAUUCCCGGACCCUCGCGUGGUUGGGAUAGCCAUUGCAGGGAAGAAUCUCAGGGGGUAUAUUCCGUCCGAAUUGGGGUCUUUAGUGUAUCUGAGGAGGCUUAACCUUCAUAACAAUAAUUUCUACGGGUCGAUUCCGGUUCAGCUGUUCAAUGCGACGUCGCUUCAUAGUAUAUUUCUCUACGGUAACAAUCUCUCCGGUUUGCUUCCUCCUUCGAUCUGCAAUAUCCCUCGACUGCAAAACCUAGACCUCUCUAAUAAUUCGUUCUCUGGUUCCAUAUCUUCGGAGUUACGGAAUUGUAAACAGUUGCAGCGGAUGAUUCUGGCGAGGAAUAAGUUUUCUGGUGAAAUUCCGGCGGGGAUUUGGCCGGAACUCGAGAAUUUGGUUCAGCUCGAUCUCUCUGCAAAUGAGCUCAAGGGAUCGAUCCCGAACGAUCUCGGUGAGCUGAAGUCUCUCUCUGGUGCUCUGAAUCUCUCCUUCAAUCAUCUCUCAGGUAGAAUUCCCAAGUCGCUCGGGAAUCUGCCGGUAACGGUGAGUUUUGACCUACGAAACAAUAAUUUCAGUGGCGAAAUACCUCAAACGGGGUCGUUUGCAAACCAAGGACCAACGGCUUUUCUCAACAAUCCCUCGCUCUGCGGGUUUCCUCUCCAAAAAACUUGCCGGGAAUCUACAGAAACUCCACCAGGAAGCCAGAGUCCAUCGCCUGAGUCCGGUAAUAGUCCGAAGAAAGGGUUGAGUCCCGGCGUGAUCAUUCUAAUCUCAGUAGCAGAUGCCGCCGUCGUAGCUGUCAUCGGCCUGAUCAUCGUCUACGUUUACUGGAAAAAGAAAGACGAUUCGAACGGAUGUAGCUGUACUGGCAAAAGCAAGUUGGGUGGGAACGAGAAACCCAAUGCGUGUUUACUCUGUUCUUGCGUUAAUGGCAUCGGAAACGAAGAUUCGGAGCCGGAAGAGCCGGAAAAAAGUAAGGGAGAAGGGGAACUUGUGGCCAUUGACAAGGGGUUCACGUUUGAGCUUGAUGAGUUGUUGAGGGCAUCUGCUUACGUUCUGGGCAAGAGUGGGCUGGGGAUCGUAUACAAAGUGGUGCUUGGCAACGGAAUUCCGGUGGCGGUGAGGAGGCUCGGAGAAGGCGGCGAGCAGCGGUGUAAGGAAUUUGUGGCGGAGGUGCAGGCGAUUGGGAAGGUUAGGCACCCGAAUGUGGUUAAGUUGAGGGCUUACUAUUGGGCCCCAGACGAAAAGCUUCUUAUUAGUGAUUUUAUCUCUAAUGGCAACUUGGCUAAUGCUCUUCGAGGCAGAGGUGGUCAGGCAUCAUCAAGCCUGUCAUGGUCGACAAGGCUGAGAAUCGCCAAGGGAACAGCCAGGGGGUUGGCCUACCUCCAUGAAUGCAGUCCAAGAAAGUUUGUCCAUGGAGACAUUAAACCCUCCAACAUCCUCCUGGACAAUGAAUUCCAGCCUCUCAUUUCUGAUUUUGGUCUCAAUAAACUCAUUACCAUUACAGGCAACAAUCCGUCCACUUCAGGUGGCUUCAUGGGUGGUGCAUUGCCUUAUCUAAACACAAUCCAAACAGAGAAAACCAACAAUUACAAAGCCCCAGAGGCUCGAGUACCUGGUAGUCGACCAACCCAGAAAUGGGAUAUCUACUCAUUCGGAGUUGUCUUGCUUGAAUUGCUAACUGGGAAAUCUCCGGAGCUUUCACCAACGACAUCAACUUCUUCGGUAGAAAUACCUGACCUUGUUAAGUGGGUGAGGAAGGGAUUUGAAGAAGAGAAUCCAUUGUCAGAUAUGGUGGAUCCUAUUUUGCUACAAGAAGUGCAUGCCAAGAAGGAAGUGUUGGCAGUUUUUCAUGUUGCCCUUGCUUGUACUGAAGGAGACCCUGAAGUCAGGCCUAGAAUGAAAACUGUCUCUGAAAAUCUUGACAGAGUUGGUACAUGAGAAACAAAGAAAGCAAGAAAGAAAGUGAUGGUUAUAUAUAUUAUGAAGGUCUAAAUGGCUUUGUGGAAUGUCCAGUAUUUCUAGAUUUUUGCAUCGGAUGUUCUGUUCUUGCCCGGAUUAACUUUGAAUUCCAACAAUCCUUCAAUCAAGUCCAAAAUUUUGGGGAAGCAAAGCAAGUUCUCAUGGCAUCAUUUGGGAGGAAUACAAUUUCUUUUUGUUUUUUUAACUUCUAGCAUGGAAGUAGCUGCAUAUGUAAUUUAAUUUUCUAUUUUUUUCUCCAUUUCGAUGGGAAUGUGAUGUAAUAAAAUUGUUGCCUAGUUCUGAUCAUUCAUAUUCUUCACAGUGUAGUCGGCUACCUUGAAAAAAGAACAAGGGAUUUGGCUAAGUAGUGCUGCAACGAUUUCAGUUU